GAAAUCAGCAGUAACGUUUGAAAGUGACUGAAUUUGCUGUUCAUCCUGUAGGUGUCUGCCGCCGGUUAAGAGACACAAAGAUGGAGAUAAUUCAUUCUGUCCACGUUUUUGUCAAAUCACUGCUCUUUCUGUUGCUGUGGUCAAAAUGUGAAGGAAGAGAGUCGGAGCUCAACCAAGUGACCUGCGGCUCACUGGUCAAACUGCUCAACACCAGACACGACGUCCGCCUGCAUUCCCACGAUGUCAAAUAUGGUUCAGGCAGUGGACAGCAGUCUGUAACUGGAGUGGAGAGUGCAGAUGAUGCAAACAGUUAUUGGCAGAUUCGUGGGAAGCCCAAGCAUCCGUGUCAGCGUGGGGAAGCCAUCAUGUGUGGUCAGGCUAUCCGCAUAACACACAUGAAGACCGGUCGAAACCUCCACACACACCACUUCAGCUCCCCCCUGUCUAAUAACCAGGAGGUCAGCGCCUUUGGAGAGAAUGGUGAGGGUGACAAUCUGGAUGUGUGGAUGGUGCAGUGUGACGGCAUUCACUGGGAGCGCGAUGAGGCUGUGCGCUUCAAACAUGUGGGUACCGACGUCUUCCUGAGCGUGACAGGUGAGCAGUUCGGCCACCCAAUCCGCGGGCAGCGUGAGGUGCAUGGCAUGAGCGCUCCCAACCAGCACAAUUGGUGGCGCUCCAUGGAAGGCGUCUUCCUCCAGCCUAGCCAGGUGCCACUGCGCCACGAUGAGCUCUGACAUCAUCACUGGGAGGCACAAAGCAGAAGUUCAAGUGGCUGUAGUUUUAUAGCUCUCGUAGACCAAUGUGUGAAUGAUGUAGAAUAUUAGACUGAUGACUCAUCUCUGUACAUGUGAAGCACUCAGGGUGGUCUACGACCAGGGGGAUUAUGUUAUUUUUCACAACCACAAAUAAGAGCAUUAAUAAAAUAUGCAGUGUAGCUAUAUGUUCAUAAGGGAGAAAACUCUUUUUUGGUGAAAAUUUCAGGCUAGAUUACCAGAUAGGCAUAGCAACUACCGUGGGGCCCCCCAUGGGCCUUGAAAGACCCAAAGUCACUGUUAAACAUUUGAUUAAUGUUGUCCAGAAAUAUUCCCAGCUAAAGAACAAUAUCAGUUGAAAUGUUGAGGGACCUUGUGUCAAAUAAAACGUUUUGUUUUAGUGGAUAUUUUUGCCUGUAUGAUGUAGAAACUAUUCAAAUUGAUUAAAUGUAAAAGUAAUUAUCAAGUAUGAUACCAAACAUUGUCUGGUGCUUUUCUUGGUUUAAAUCCUUGUGAUCUACUGUACUGUGCAAAUAUUUUGUGAAAAAUGCUGUAUAGUGAGGACGUUUUCAAAAAUAAUUCCUUGAAUAUCUUUAAUGUAUCAGUCAACGACAUAGUGCGGUAAACAUAAAAAAAUUAUUUAAUCAAUA